AUGGCGGCUCCAGUUCAUCGCGUAACAAAUAAAACUAAGAACAAACGACGUGAAUUUUAUUGGAGACCAGAACAAACAACAGCCUUUCAUCACCUUAAACGAAUCCUCGUAACUCAACCAUUACUAUUAGACUAUCCUGAUACCUCAGCUCCCUUCAUAUUGUGCACUGAUGCUUCAGAAGUCGGAACUGGAGGUGUUUUAUGGCAAGAAACGUUAUGUGGUGUCCGAAUGAAUUAUUACAUUUCCAAGAAACUUAGUCCUACAGAACGUCGAUACAAAAAUACCGAACGUGAACCAUUUGCCAUCUAUUAUUGCCUUUCCAAGCUACGUGAUUACAUUGGCACUCAUAACAUUGUUAUUGAAACCGAUUAUAAGCCAGCAGUCAACUGUCAUAAACAAUCAAUGAAUAAUAAACGUGUUGAUAACUGGUUCUUGAAAAUCCAAGACAUGCUCCUGCAAGUGGACAUGAAAUAUAUUCCAAGAUCAAAAAACGGAGCGGCAGAUGCAUUAUCUCGUUCAUCAAAUUUCUUUCCUGAUGUUGAUGGCUCCAUAGAAGGCGACGAAUGGCACGAACCUCUCAUUAAACCUCCACGUACUCUUCGUCAAACCACAACCGACUACCCUCCGAAAUCUUCACUUCUUCAGGCCGUCACCAGUCGAUCUAUGGCUCAACAGACACCUCCAAACCCGAUGUCGACACCGUCACCGACAACUCUCUCUUCGACGGCACCACCACUAUUAUCUCAAAUUCUCGAUUUUAGUCAUGAUAAACUUCGCGCGGAACAACAACAUGAUGCGAUAAUCGUGGACAAAAUUCGACUCUCUCAAUAA